AUGGCUACAUUUAGAAUUCCGAGAUACUAUUUUUUCUAUGCUCUUCAGUUUCUCGCGUUGAUUCAAUCCGGUGUCCAUGGCAAAAUUUACCAAGUUGGAGAUUUAGACGCUUGGGGCAUUCCCACUGAAUCAAAUCCAAAUGUCUACUCUAAAUGGUCCAAGAACCUUGAGUUCAAGAUUGGAGAUUCCCUCUUUUUCUUGUACCCUCCAAGUCAAGAUUCUGUCAUACAAGUGACAGAAGAAUCCUACAAUAGCUGCAACUUGAAGGAUCCAAUCUUGUCCAUGGAUAAUGGAAAUUCCCUCUUCAAUAUAACUGCGCCUGGGGAGUUUUACUUGACGAGUGGAGUUGAUGGGCACUGUCAAAAAUCACAGAAACUAUACAUUUCUGUGUCUGGGAAUGGAUCUUCUGCUGCAGUUUCGCCGGCAUCUGCUCCUUCUCCCUCUUAUCCUACUGUUUUUGGGUCGAUUCCAGUACAGGCUUCUGUUGCACCAUUGCUCAAAAUCCCAAUUUUGAUGUCAGUACUAACUGGAUUUUUGGCAUCACUUCUGCUUCAAGCAAGAUAA